AUGGUGCGUGCUGGACAAACUCCCCCGGAGCAGUUUGUUGCAGUUGUUCGACCAGCUAGCUUCACAACUUCGAAGUCGAAAAAUUUAAUGCAGACUCAUAUUGUGAAGAUGAAAGAAGAAAUGCCCAUGGAAGUAGAACUACAAGAAAACAAUAACACGAACAGCACCAAGGCUUUGUAUUCUCAUCGCUCUUCUCCUACGUCUCGUGGAAGGUAUCAUGGUCUCUACGUAUUUCCACUCCAGUCCAAGAUCCCCAACAUAUUCAAGAAAGCUGGCACUUACAAUUUUUCUUUCUCAAUUGGAAGUUCGAUUACUUGUCAAAAAAAGGUGCUUGUGGUACCAUCUUCUAAGGUGGGAAGAUGGAGACUUUCUAGCAAUAUGGAAUCGAUUAUUUUGCCUGUGGGAUGUUCAAUGAAACCUUACCAUAUAGCUUGCUUUGAUGAGCAAGGAAAUCGGCUACGAUUCACCUCUGUUCCAUCUCUGGAAAUUAAACUCAAAGCCCGUCCGGAUUUCGAAGCCGUGAUUGAUAAGUUUGAGGCCAGCCUCAUGCCUAAUGGAAUUCUCAAAGUCAAGGAUAUGCUCGUUGAGACUGGUGGACUAGACAAGAUCAGACCACAUUAUAAAGCCACCUUGGAGAUACGCUCAAAGGACAAACCUAUUUCCGUCUUAGCUGUUUUUAAACCAGGGCCUCUGAAGUCUGCUGUCGAGAAAAAUCCACAGGCUCUUGAGAAUCUGCUUCCAGAUUGCACUGUAAAAAACUUUAUCUUGGAGAUAUUUGAUGGAUAUAAUAACCAUGCUCCUGAAGGUGCCAAUGUGUUGAUACGUCUUGAUGGUUAUCGUAUCCAAGACUCAAUGGGCUUAAACCGAAAGGUUAAUAGUGGUGGCUGCAUUGAUCUGUCUGGAAUUCUCAAAGUCACAGCCGGUUAUGGGAAAUCCGUAUCACUUUCUGUGAUGUUUCAUAAUGAAACUCUCUUCAGGAAAGAGUCUCUUGUUGAGAAAAGAGAGCUCAUUCUCUUAGAAGAGCUGCCGGGGAACUGUGUUGCUGGUUCAAAUCUUGCAAACCUCAUUUUCAGGGUGAUAGAUUCAAAUGGUUCUACAGAUACUAAUAUCCAUCAUGACGAAAAUUCAGGAUCAUUACAUACUAUGAGCAUUGAAUCCGAUUCAAGAAGCUCAGAGGAUGGAAUCAGUUAUGCCUUUGUCCAUGGUUACUGCAACGUUCCCUCUCUUUCCCUACCAGAGACUGUGGGUGAAUUUUCUUUCAAGGUUUUCCAUUCUCGAUGUCCUGAGCUUCAUAUGAGCUUAAAGAUUCAUCUAACGCCUGCUCAAACAUUUGAAAGAGACGAGACUAGGUCUAUUAUACCUCAUCCAACGAUGUUUCUAACACCUCAAACUCAGAUUUCUUCAGCCACAGCUUUAGUCGUGGCUCCAACUCAACAAGAUCCAUCUUCACAGAUUCGAGUGUUGCCAAUGACGGCUUUGUCAUUGGCUGGUAGUAGCCAAACUGGCAUGAUGGAUAUGGUGGAGUUCACUGAGACUAUACAAGAGAAACUUAAUAGUUACAACGCAUGUGUGGUGGAAGUAAAUGAGCGCGUGAAAUGUUUGGAGGCUGAACAUGAACAGGCUAACCAAGAGUUGAGUGCUUUGCAAGCUUCUCUGGGACCUCUCGUUGGGGCGUUCCCUGAAUGCCUAUCCACCAAAACAUCAUUGAUGAAAAAGAUCGAAGAUAAGCAUCACGACACUGCUGCAGCUGUUUUCUGUAGUUUGUACAGAACUGAUCCGAAUCCGCAGUCUUUUGUUAUGUCAAGGAAAGGAGUGUUUGGCCUCGUUGCGCUUCUCGGUUCUGUUUCCUCCACUUCCCUUAGCAGGGUCUUGUCUGAGUAUUUAGGAGAAGACACAAUGCUUGCCUUAGUAUGCAAAUCGUCACGAUUUGUACCAAACAGUCCUGAGCAUGUCAGGCUCCAAUCCGAAGUAGAUGAACUUGGAAGAUCAUUAACCAGUCGGUUUCAUGUUCUUUAUCUUGAUGCAGUCAGAACCUGGAAGUAUGGGCUCGUGAAGGACGAUCCUCAGACGAGAUUAGCCAUGGUUGACCCGAGGCUGCCCAAUGGAAAACCAGUACCGGGUUUUCUUGGAUUUGCUGUUAACAUGAUUUUCUUAGCGCCACAGGAUCUAAGUAUAAAAUCAUAUUCGGGCCACGGGCUUAGAGAAUCCUUGUUCUACAGUCUUUUGGGGAAUCUACAGGUGUAUGAGACCCAAAAGCAUGUUGAAGCAGCUCUUCCUCACGUCAAUGGUUGUGGAGCAGUCUCUUUGGAUGGUUUUAUUGUAAAAGAAAACGGAUAUUUUAUAUAUUCCGGGUCCAGCAAAACGGAAAUUCAUUUUCCGAUAACAGUCAAGGCGCAUGAAGAAGAGAAGUUGAUAAAAUGGGAAGCAGCAAAAGAGAAAGUGGCGAUGGCGUCAAAGAAGCUUGAGAAGGAAAGGUGUAUGUUGCGUAAGGCGGAGAAAAGAAUGAAGAGUGCAAAUGAAAGAUACGGCAAUGCAACAGAGCCUUUCCUAGAGAAUCUCCUUCUUGAUCAGGAGUGA